GAUGAACAUUUAAAGGAUUGGACAGAGAAAAUUUUUUACUUCAUUCAACUAAAUUACUUGCUCUUUACACUUUGUUACUAAAAGGAUUAGUUAAUUAUAUUCAACUUUAUAUUUUGUGUAAAUUUUAAUAGCAAUUUUAGUCGACACCAUUUUAUUUCCUACAAAAUAAUCUAAAUUUGAUUGCAAUUCUUGAUUAAUCCAUUUUUCAUAUCACUCUAAAUCAACAAGUUUCAACUUUGAUUGCCAACAAUCGACAACAUUCCAACAUCCAACAUGGUUAAGGUUACAGCAUUGUUUUUUUCACUGAUUAUGCUAAUCGGAAUAGCUUUUCAAAAUUGUUCAAUGACUUCAUAUUACAGUUUAAGUGAUAGUCAGUUAACAGCUGAAAUGCUAUCAAAAUAUAGUGAUAGCAUUGAUAAGUUGCUUUCAAUGGGACAUAAAAACAGUAAAAAACAAGCCUGUAUCCGUAAACGUGGCAUUUGUGAUCUUAGGCCAAGAGAUUGUUGUUCCGGUUUGUGUCGGUGUAAUCUAUGGGGAGGUAAUUGUCGAUGCCAGAAUCGUGGUCUCUUCAGUAAAUUAGGUAAAAGGACUGAUUCCAUGUAUUAUAAGGAGGAGGAGACAUGAUGAAAAAUUAACUAACCCGACUAUACAAAUAAUACAUUGGCUAAAAUGGUUUGCAGCACUAUCAUCAUCAUAUUCAUCAUACUCAUCAUUAUUUUUUGAUAUAUAAUAUAUUAAAACCUUAUACAUCAACAAUCUUUUACAUUUUCAUUAUCUUUAAUGUUAUUAUUUGUGAUUGUUCUCCUUCCUUAUUUACUCAUUCUAAUUUUAUCAUGCUUUAGUUUCGUUUGGUUCUGUAUUGUGUCUUCCUCAGUCCAUAUUGUUGUUGGUUGCCUUAUUUGCUUCACUUUCAAAUCCUUUUAUAUAGCAAUUGAUCAUAAAUAAAUUGUUUGGCAUUGCAAAA